AUGCAGGGUCUGAGCUCCCGGGCUCACGCGUUCUCUGUGGAAGCGCUGGUGGGGAAACCCUGCAAAAGGAUGAAAGUGUCGGAGGAGCACGAGUCAACCGGAGACACUGGAAGUGACACGAGCAUCUUCAGUGGUGAGGAGAAAGGACAAGAAGGAUUUCCAAAAAAGAAAUCGUUUUAGUAUUUGCGCAUUUUACGCACUGUGUAAAAACAAUGAACAGCGAGUUUACAAGUUGUUUCCAACUAUAUAAAAACCUGUUAGCAUCACUAUUUACACUUGAUUGUUAAGCUCAUAUUCCAAGUAGGCCUUGCAAUAAUUUACAUUGAAUAAUAAUGAAAACAUUAAAAGUGUUAUAAAUGUCAAACUUCAAACGUUUUUUAAAAUAGAUGACAGCUUUUAUAAACGAAAAACAAAAGCUGUUAAAUGACCUUUACACUAUUUCUAGAAAUAGAAACGUGGGAAUUUCUGUUUGUCGUUUUCUUAGGCCUGAGUGACCAUCCAGUCAGCCAGACGAAGAAAGCAGGUACAUCACCGAGGAGGACCGAAGACGCUCCCUGUGACCCGGAGAGACAGACCGUCAGAUCACCGGCUGAGGAGUGUGAGCAUAGCGGAGAGGAGAGCAAGCCGAAGGAGAGAAGCUGCCGUGCGGACAGAUCAGAGGUCCGGGUGGAUCUGCAGGGCUCCGAGCUGUGGAAGAGGUUCUACGAGAUCGGGACUGAGAUGAUCAUCACGAAGGCCGGCAGGUAAGAAAGACAAAAGAUAACACAGAGGACUUACGCUCCUGGAUUCCAAUUUAAAACCGUGCUUUUUACGUAUAACUAACCCAGCACCAAGGUCAGAAUCUGUUUAAAAAUAUCCUGUAAUAAUCUAACAGAUAAUAAAUGCACAAGAAGCCUAUAUUUAUAUAUCUAAUAUAAAACAAUAAAUUAAAACGGAAAAAAACAACAUUAUAUGAUUUGGAACAAAGCCGGAUUUUUAAAUGUUGACAAAUCUCUAAACUUCCUGUCAAUAUUUAAAAUUUAAAUUUCAAGACAUAAUAAAUUCAGGCCUCAUUUUGCAACCAGGACUCAAAUAGAGACGAUUUUUAAUUCCCCAAUCAGACUUUAGACUGGAAUCUGUUAGUUGAACACGUAAAUUCUCGCCCUCUGUUUUCUGUUUGGAGUGAAUAAUACUGUAGUUGUCAUUGUCACGACACCAAACAUGAUAUAUUUAGAUGAACUCUUCUGCACUCACAGGUGCGCCUUACCAGAAGAGAAAUGUCCGUGAACGCGCUGCAGCAGAUGAGAAAUGUGCACCAGAACAAAAUAGGACAAUCUAUGAUGUCCAUUUUUAAACCAAAUCAACUCAUGUCGGUAAAUAAAUCAGGUUUUGACGUCCGUUUACUUUCUCACGCGAUUUGGUCAAUAAAAAAUAUUAUAUGAGCAACAUUUCAUGCUUCUCGUUCAGUUGUUUUGAAGUAGGCUCUAGAAAGACAGAGGCAAAUUUGAAGAUUUUGUGCAAAACUGAAAAUUGAGAAGUGAUCCAAUUUUGUCGAAGUGAAUUAGUCCGUAUUCUGCGCUGCCUUCAGACGUAUUUUAUGUAAUCAAUUUAUUGAAAUCUUGUGACACCAAGACAUUCUUGGUCAAUUUGAUUUUCUUUAUCUUUCGAUUUCAAAGAAAUUCAAUCGGUCUGAUAGGUUACUGUGUGCGUUCUUCUCUCUCUUUUUUUCUCUCCAGAAAUGAGUUAUUGGGACAUAACUACUUGCUGAAAUCUCAGUUCCGUUUAUUCAAUUACGGAGAACACACGCUAUAAAUCUCAGCAGUGAAGAUGCCCUCUUGGCCCCCCGAGGCCCCUGAACUUUCCUCUGAACUUGGCCGCUUUGGGCAGUAAAGUUUCUGCCUCAAGUUGCUGUUCCUGAACUCUUUCUGACUGUUUCAUGAUGUCAAAUCCACGCCGACUGAAAACUCCUCCACUCGUUUUAAAAAUAUUUUUGAACAGAUUUCAUUACAGAGGAUAAAACAUGAGCCAGCUCUGUUUCUAAUAAAACUGCAUCUUCUCUCGCCUCUUUUAGGAGAAUGUUUCCCUCUGUGCGCGUAAAAGUGCGCAACCUGGACCCGUGCCAGCAGUAUUACAUCGCGAUGGAUGUAAUGCCCGUGGACUCCAAACGCUACAGGUGUGUUUUUGUCCUUUUGUUUAUUAAUCUGAUGAAAAUCUCUUUUUGUGUAUACUGACAUUUAUCCCCUAUCAGGUAUGUGUACCACAGCUCGCAGUGGAUGGUGGCUGGAAACACUGACCACUCCUGCAUCUCUCCUCGGCUGUACGUGCACCCGGACUCUCCGUGCGCAGGAGAGACGUGGAUGCGUCAGGUCGUCAGCUUUGACCGGGUCAAACUCACCAACAACGAGAUGGAUGAUAAGGGCCAUGUAGGUAACCCUUCUGCUUCCUUUUCCUCUGUCCAGGUGAUGACUGAUCACUCUGUUGAUGAAAACAAUCCGGGGGAAAAUUUGUGGUUUGUCUCUUAUUUCUUUUGUUGUGUAUUUAACUCACAUAUUUUUAUAUAUUUAGGAGCAACUGAAGAUAUAGUGAAAGACAGAUCAACUCGGUCUGUGUGUUGCUUAAGUAGUUUCAGUACUUGGGUUGCUGUCUCAUCAUGUUGGACCAUGUUUGGUCUAACAUUGGUCACUUGUUCAGAGGAGGGAAAGCCAGAGAGGAAGUAGAAAUCCUUUUGCACUUGAACGCCCUGUAAGGUUUUGUGGUGUACAGAUGUGACAGAUCUGAUGAUGUAGUGGUUACAGGAGGCUUUAUACAUGAUUCUGAUGUUAAUUAAACCACAGCUGAAUUAUGAAGUUAUCCUGCUUGACAGUAUGUUUGUAAAGUAGUCCUGUCUCCAAGAUGCUUUUAGUUUCAGGUCAUCAUAUGCUGUUUUAGAGCUCUGCUUGUUAGGCUGUUAAAACAUGAAUACAGAAGAGAGCUUGUCUGGAAUUAAAAUUUGACCAUUUAAGUUUUUGUAUCUCUGAGUUAAAAUUAUGCCUGACCGAUUGUCUUUUGACAUAGUAAAGUAAGAAACAUGGUUUAACAGUUUGAUAUUUAAUAUAUUUUUUAUAUUUAUUUAACAGAGUACAACACCAAUUGAAAAAUAAUCUUAAAAACUACAAUCAAAAAAUAUAUAAACAUUUUAAUAUAAGCAAAAAAAAAGCAAAAAAGCAAAAUGAAGGACAAUAUUUUAUGUUUUGUUCUAUGUUAAAUAAAUCAAAUCGCGCAUUUUUCUGCAAAUGUAUAACAAGUUUAAAGGUCUAACUUAAUUUUAAAUUAUCGCAUUUGUUUUCAAUGGAUAGUGUUACAUUUGUGACCUUACAGUAGAAUUCUGUUUUAAUCUUUUAUUUCAUCUUUAUAUUAUUGACUUAUAGGAAGUUUGUGCAGCUGAACUGAUUUCUAAACAUGAAGGGCUUCUUUGCCAGAGUUUUUAACCAAAUACCUCUUCAGCAGUUUGAUCCAAAGCUUGAAGUUUAAGCUUCAUCCAUAAACUAACAGGCAGCAGAGAUUUGAAAAAGAUUAGAUAGUGGAAUGAUAACUAAAGAGUUUUUUAAUUUUUUUUAAUUUUUUAAAUUUUUUUCAGAGCAGUUUUAAUUUGAUCCCAGUCAUCUGAUAUUGAAGAGUUGAUGCUUCCCUUUGUCUUGUGAAAGUGAGGUCGAAAACAUUUGGUUUCUUAAACUGUGAAAAUACAAUAAAGAGAAUAAACAGUAUUUUACUGUGAAAAGAAGCAGAGCAUGGAGUGCUGCUUGGUGUGGCAAAAAGGAGUAUCCCUCAGGUGCUCAUCAGUCAGGGGAUCCAGGAAAAGCAAACAAAAAGAGAACACAUUAUACUAAAAAGCCUUUGUUGUGACAUGGCUAAUGUAUUAAAAACAUGCCAAUGUGUUUCGGACAGGCAGACCUUCGUCAGGGCAAACGUUUGCCCUCAUGAGUGCUUCAGCUCUCUUUUUGUUUGCUUUUCCUAAUCUUUUACUGUUGUCUGACAUCUGCUUUUGUCAAACAUGAAAGCUAAACUGUGCAUCGUUAAAUGAAAGAUAAUGUUGAGAUAUACUUAACUUCAUCUGCAGCUCUGUUUUCACAGUCAAAGGAGGACUUGCUGAGACUAAAUUUUGCUGUAACAUUUCUUCUCCAUCUCCUCGUUCAGAUAAUUCUUCAGUCCAUGCACAAAUAUAAACCACGCGUGCACGUCAUCCGACAUGACCCUCGCAUAGACCUGUCACAGAUUCAGUCUCUGCCUGCUGAAGGAGUGCACAGCUUCUCUUUCCCUGAGACCGAGUUCACCACAGUCACCGCCUAUCAGAAUCAACAGGUAACGCUCACUCAAACCGUAAAGUCCUGGAGGGCGGUAAAACACUCAAAAACAAAGUCAACAUCUCUGGAUUAGACUUCCAGCUAACUAUGUUGACCAAAGUGGAAAUUUAUUAAUUUAAUAUGAACACAACAACUUUUAUUUUUUUCAUAAUACGGUAUUAAAAACUCACAUAUAUGAUUUAAUAUUUUUAUUUUGUGUGUGUGUGGUUGUGUAUCAAGUCAUUAAAUUCUGAUCCAUGUUCAGAGACGUUCUCAAAGAGCUCUUUCCUACAUGAGCUGAUAGCCGUGGUACCCUGAGUGGCCCUGAAAACAGAGGUCCUGUGCACCAAGUCCUUCAGUUGCCCCCGGUCAGACACUCAGUAGUUUUCCUCACUUGGUCUGAACAACAGGUAAAAUACUGUAAUCUGAACAGCAUGAAGGUGCUGAGGCCCUCUUCUCUGUGGUCACCACAAAUCAUAAACUGCAGCGUCCUGAUUUUCUCUCAGGCCAGUUGUUCGUUGCUCAGUAUGUGUGUGUGUGUGUGUGCGGGGGGAGCUGACCCCACCGUUGGCUCCCAUUCCUCCAGUAACAGAGCCGUCCUCAGGGACUGCCAGCUCUUUUCAUCAGGGCUCCUUUUUACGAUCACACCACAUAUUAUUACAGAAACUCAGUAACGAGCUGUGACUGGGCGACUGCUGGAGUCCACAGCCUAUUAAAGCCCCAAAUAAAACGACUCGACCUCCAAGAACCCUGUUUGACAUGGCUGACUGCCCCGGGUGCUGCUGGGAGAUGCAGUCCCUGAGGGGAAGCUCUGCCGCUUUCCACGCUGUUGUAAAGCUGAGCUCAUUGUUAGCUUUCACAUCAGUGGCUGACACAAACACGCUAACCCAUGUCUGUCUUUCUCUUCGGGGCUAGAUCACAAAACUGAAGAUCGACAGGAACCCGUUCGCUAAGGGCUUCAGAGAUCCUGGAAGAAACAGGUACGGAAAACCUCACCACGGCGUACACACACACUUGUUUUACAGCAGAGAGUCUUCCAGAAAAGGACCCAAGAGGGAUUUAAGGUUCAACCACCAACAUUUGACACCACAUAAAACCUUCAUAUGAAGUUGAGGAGUGAAGUGCAGAAUUUCACACCUAUCAUAACCAAUAUUUAAUAACUGGAAUAACAUUUUUCAGUGUUUUUACAGUAGGUGUGGAUGUGUUUGUGUGUGUAGGGGAGUAUUGGAUGGCUUGUUGGAGUCGUAUCCCUGGAGAGGCCCCCUCAGUUUGGACUUAAAGCCAUUUACCAUACAGCUCCAAGGUACUGAGCUGCAAUACUUAAUACUUCUCUGCCUCGAGCCGUUUUUGUCUUUGGGAUUAAGGUUUACGAUCCUUUUCUUUGACAGGGAGCUCAGGGUCGCCAUCCAGCAGUGUGAAGAGUCUCCUCCCUCUCUCCUCAUCCUCAUCCCUUCACCCGUUCUCAGUGUCUGCGCUCUCCUGCCAGGACGCUGCUCUCCACACACUCACCUUUCCUUUCUACAGCAAAGCCUCCACCACCUCACCGGCCUCCCCACUGCCCGGCAGAGCCUUCUCCGCCCUGGGAGCCGACAGACUGAGAGGCCUCCCCCCGCUGUCUCCACUGACAGACCUCCCUCUCCUCUCAGCGCUGCAGGCAAAGAAACCUCCUCACUGUAGGGAACCAUGUCUUCACGUCUCUGCCGGGGGGUCCCACUGUCUCUUCCCCCUCCAUGGCCCCCUCAGCCCUCAGGGGCCAACUCUGCUUCCCCAUCUCUCUGACACUGCGGGCCCCUACUGUCUCUACCGCUACAGCCUCCCCCUAAACCCCCAACUCACUGCUGUUUCCCGGCACGCCAAACUAGCUGAGGACACCACAGACUGUCUACUGCGCCAGUCUCAGUGGCACCCGACCACCAACCACUGCCUCUGA